AUGAGGAAGACAUACAUACUUCAGUUCCAUCAUUCGGGAAAGUUGAAUCAACGUAACAACUAUGUUGGUGGUAGCAUAGAGCUGGUUGACAAUGUGGACCCUAACAUGAUGUCUUACUUUGAAUUGGAAGACAUGGUGGAUAUGUUGCAGUUGGGUGAGAAUAAAAUGUUCUACAGAGAUCCUAUUGGUGGGCAGUUGAUACAGAUAAUUAAUGAUGGGACUGUUAUGCAGAUGUUUAUGGCCUACAACAGGUCAUCUUUGAUUAAGAUUUAUGUCACUAAUACUGAGAAUGAGGAUUAUAGUUUAAGUGCACAAGUUCUGCAUAAGUGGACAGAAUACUUAACCCAAUCAAUGGAUGACAGUGACCCUAUGCAGCCUAACAGUGACUAUGUGCAACCUAACAGUGAUCAUCCUAACAAUGAUCAUGUGCAGCCUAACAGUGACCAUGUGCAGGCUGCAAGUGUUGAAGAGAAUGUGCACAAUGAUGUCUCAGUUAAUGAAGAGGAUGAAAUAUAUGAUGGGGAAAAUACUGAAGAGUUAGAUGAUGUCUCAGUUUAUGCACUAAGUGAUGAGCUAAGAAGUAUCCAUAGUGACUCAGAUGAUGAGAUACAUGUUCCUUGCAAAAAAUCAGAAUUCAUUGCUAGGAGGGAAAUGGGAGAGAAGGAAAAAAUAUUAAUGGUGGGAAUGGAGUUUGCUACAUUUGCAGAAUUCAAAGAUAUGUUGAGAGAGCACGCUAUAAAGAACAAAUAUGACAUCAAGUUUGUUAAAAAUGAUGGACAAAGGGUCACAUUUCAAACAAGCAAACUAGGAACAUCUUCUUAUCUUGCCAAUAAGUAUGUGCAUAAGUUUAGGAGGGACCCUGAGUGGAAAAAUUCUGGUUUUAUGGGUCAGAUUACUGAUGAUUUGAACCUGGUAGUUAGUAGGUUCAAAAUUUAUAGGGCAAAGAGGAAAUGUCAACUGAUGAUUGAUGGCACACAUGAAGAUCAAUUCUCAAAAAUCAGAGAGUAUUGUCAGUUAGUAUUGGAGACAAAUCCUGGAAGUGUUGCUAGGGUUGAUGCAUGUUUGGAGCCAGAUGGGAAGUCUAUAAGGUUUGAAAGGCAGUUUUUUUCAUUGGAUGCAAUGUGGAAAGGCUUUAAAGAGGGUUGUAGGCCAUUCAUUGGCUUAGAUGGCUGCUUUCUAAAAACUCAUUACAAUCAACAUUUACUAAGUGCUAUUGGUAAAGAUGGGGACAAUAGCUUCUAUCCCAUUGCAUUUGGUAUUGUGGAAGCAGAGACAAAGGAGACUUGGGAUUGGUUUCUGGCUAACCUCAUGGAUUUGCUCAGCCCCUACAAACCAAUAACAUUCAUUUCAGACAGACAAAAGGGUUUGGUUAACACACUUGAGAAGCUUGGGUCAGAUCACAGAUUUUGUGUAAGGCACAUGUAUGACAACUUCAAAAAGAAGUUCCCAAGGUUAGAGUUGAAGCAAGAGUUAUGGGAUGUAGCAAAUUCUUUCACAGUGGUAGACUUUGAGGGACACAUGCAGAGAAUCAGGGAAGUUAACACAGAUGCAUAUGAUUGGUUAGCCAAGAUACCCCCUCAUCUGUGGGCUAAGUGUAAGUACACAGAAUGGUCAAAGUGUGACCUUAACAACAAUAGUAUGUGUGAAUCAUGGAAUUCAUACACACUAAAGGCUAGAGAUAAGCCCAUUAUCACCAUGCUUGAAAUGAUCAGAAAGUCCUUGUUGAGGAGGUAUCCAGAGAAAAAAGAGUACAUGGAGGGGAAAAAUGGGUUGUUGUGUCCAUCUCCAGCAGCUCAGCUAAAACUGAACAAGAGGAACUCAAUGAGUUGUCCUGCUCACCUCUCUGAAAAAGCCAUUUAUGAGGUUGAAGAUGGAGGAAUGAAUGAAAUUGUUGACUCACAUGAAAAAAGCUGUAGUUGUAGGGUAUGGGAUAUCAAAGGUAUCCCAUGCAAGCAUGCAUGCGUAGCUAUACAAAAGAGAAGAUGGGCAGUUCUUGAAGAGUCUGUUAACCCAUACUUUUACAGAGAAACAUUUUUGAAGUCAUAUGCAGGGAUGAUAUAUCCAAUGACAUUGAGAAAUAUGAGAGAAGUAACUGGGGUGGUUCCAAUAAUUCCUCCUAUAGCUAGGAAACCCCCAGGCAGGCCAAAGAAAGUGAGGAAGAAAGCUCAUGAUGAAGGUACAUCAAGUGGAAAACAUGUGUACAAAUAA